AUGAGUUUCCGUGUCUUGUUUUAUGGUUAUUGUAAACAAGUUCAAAAUAACAAGGGCUCCAGAUGUGUGAUUAAUCAGCCCAUCCACCACGGAUCAGCCCCUCCACCAUGGAUCAUCCCCUCACCUAUGGAUCAGCCCCUCCUUGGAUCAGCCCAUCCACCAUGGAUCAGCCCCUCCACCAUGGAUCAUCCCUCACCUAUGGAUCAGCCCCUCCACCACGGAUCAUCCCCUACCCCAUGGAUCAGCCCCUCCACCACGGAUCAGCCCAUCCACCACGGAUCAGCCCCUCAACCACGGAUCAGCCCCUCAACCACGGAUCAGCCCAUCCACCACGGAUCAGCCCCUCACCACGGAUCAGCCCCUCCACCACGGAUCAGCCUCUCCACCAUGGAUCAGCCCCUCCACCAUGGAUCAACCCAUCCACCAUGGAUCAACCCACCCACCAUGGAUCAGCCCAUCCACCACGGAUCAGCCCCUCAUCCAUGGAUCAGCUCCUCCUUGUAUCAGCCCCUCCACCACGGAUCAGCCUCUCCACCACGGAUCAGCCCCUCACAUAUGGAUCAGCUCCUCCUUGGAUCAGCCCAUCCACCACGGAUCAGCUCCUCCUUGGAUCAGCCCAUCCACCACGGAUCAGCCCCUUAUCCAUGGAUUAGCCCCUCCACCACGGAUCAGCCCCUCACCCAUGGAUCAGCCCUCCACCACGGAUCAGCCCCUCACCCAUGGAUCAGUCAUUCCCUGAAUUUCCUGGAUCUGGUCCUGAACCAUGGAUCAGCCCAUCCACCAUGGAUCAGCCCCUCACCACGGAUCAGCCCCUCCACCACGAUCAGCCUCUCCACCACGGAUCAGCCUCUCCACCACGGAUCAGCCCCUCCACCAUGGAUCAACCCAUCCACCAUGGAUCAACCCACCCACCAUGGAUCAGCCCAUCCACCACGGAUCAGCCCCUCAUCCAUGGAUCAGCUCCUCCUUGUAUCAGCCCCUCCACCACGGAUCAGCCCCUUAUCCAUGGAUCAGCCCCUCCACCACGGAUCAGCCUCUCCACCACGGAUCAGCCCCUCACCCAUGGAUCAGUCAUUCCCUGAAUUUCCUGGAUCUGGCCCUGAACCAUGGAUCAGCCUUAGCAUCAACACCACACACGCGUUAAAUACUUUGAACUUAAUUGGCAGUAACAGUUGA